AUGCCUUUCGCGAGCUCGUCAGGGCUAUACGAUGCGAACGCCGGGCGAUUGGACAGAGUCAUACAAUGGUUGAGUGACAAAAGCCCUGUCAACGAUGGCCACAACAAGUUCAAAAGCUUCCGACGCCUGCCAACUGAAAUACGAAUGAAGAUAUGGAAGCUAGCGAUGCCUGGGGAGCGGAUCUUUGAACCUGGGUUUAAAACACAGGUCAGAUUGCCAGAUUAUUGGGAAGGCGGGAAGUGGAAGGAUGAAAAGAAUCAGGCGCCCGAUCCGCCGACAAUGACACUCAGAAAGAAGUUUAAGCCGCCUUCGCUGCGAGCCGUAUGCCGCGAGUCUCGUCAAGUUAGUAACGAGAUUGGUGGAUUUAAAUUUGGCUUGAUGGGAGGCAUUCGCCAUGGAUUUUGGUUCAAUUACAAUAGCGACAUCGUUUUUCUAGGUCAUGACAUGGUUCACAAGGCGUCUUUCCUCGACUUGCGUGGUGUGCGCAUUCUUGCGUUUUCGCAGCACGCUUUCAAGACAAAAAAGCGAUGCCAUGUCAUCUUUGAACUAAUCAUCACUCGGGUAACCCAAUGUCGGGUGGUGGAAUUCCAUCUUCAGCAUCUGCAGGGCGUGGCUGCUGACAACGCGAAGCGUUAUGAACUAACAGAUAACCACGAAAUUGGCCGAUUUCGCAGUGCUGGUAGUAAUACGUCUCAGCUUAUGAAGUGGGGGGAGUUUCACGGUGCUCUGAAUCGUGCUUGGGACGACUAUGUGACCGCGAAAGGCUAUGCAAAUAUUCGCAAGCCUCGCUUCGUUGGGUUUGAUAUGGUCUGA